UGACUAUGAAACUUAUAUCUUUAUUUAAAAUCAAACUUUAUAAAAGGAACAAUUUAUUUCAAGCUCCUUCUGAUAAUUUUCAUUACUAAUUUUUUUACGCUACGGGUAAAUCAACAUGAGUGACAGCUGUCAAAAUCACUAACAAAAAGAGCUUUCACCGAUCUUGGCGUUAUUAUAUUUUGUAAUUAAUAAUAAUUAAGAAUACUAACGAAAAAACGAAAAUGAAAAGGGAGGAUGGUCAAAUGGGCCCUUUGACUAGUACCGGUGCCGCUGAGGAAUUUUCUGUUGAAAAAAUUUUAGAUAAAAGAAUUAAAAAUAGUAAAGUUGAAUAUUUGCUUAAAUGGAAAGGAUAUUCAAAUGAUGACAAUACUUGGGAACCCGAAGAAAAUUUAGAUUGUCCACACUUAAUUGCAGCUUAUGAAGAUUUACGAAGAAAAAAAAUGAUGAAAGAUGAGAAGAAAAGAAAACAUGAUGAUCUGCCAAAAAGUAAGGAAAUAAAGAAGAGCAAAGAUAUUGAAGAAGUAGUUAAACCAAGAGGAUUUGAUAGAAAACUUGAACCUGAUGAAAUAAUUGGUGCAACAGAUUGCACAGGGGAGUUAAUGUUUCUUAUAACUUGGAAGGGUUCUGAUGAAGCAGAUAUUGUAAAAGCUUCUCUUGCCAAUGAACUUUGUCCUGAAGUAGUAAUUAAAUAUUAUGAACAAAAAUUUAGACGAUCUCAGUCAAUUAAAUAAAAUAUGUCAAGAGAGA